AUGAGGGAUUCUAGCGUGAUGAUGAUACCUGUGGAGAUGGCACAAACCUUUCCAGCAGCAGCGAUGAAGAAUUGGUGGGAGGAGGUUAACGAGUCAGCUCAGUGGCAAGAUGGGAUCUUCUUCUCUCUGUGUGGAGCUUAUGCUCUUGUUUCCGCCAUCGCUCUUGUCAAAUUGAUGUGGAUCGAAAUAAGUGAGCCUGAAGAUGGCUGGACCAAACAGACGGUGUUUUAUCUUCUCAACUUUGUCUUCCAUGGAGUUCGUGCGGUUCUAUUUCGAUUUCACCAUGAAGUCUUUCUCGAGCAUCCGAAGGUUAUUUGCUGGAUAUUAUUGGAUCUUCCGGUCCUCCUUUUUUUCUCGGCAUACACACUGGUCCUUCUAUUCUUGGCAGAGACAGAUCAGGAAAGAGACUUACCAACAGAUAAGCUGCGGGAAAUCUAUAUCAGAGGCAAUGUGAUUGUAUACUUCCUUCAGGUUAAUACAUGGUCAUACUCAUGGAAGAAAGAUGCGAGCAGUGUGGAGUUAGUUGAAAAGAUAUUUAUGGCAGUUGUGUCUUUCAUCGUUGCGUUAGGCUUCUUGCAUUAUGGACGAAGAUUAUAUUCUCGAUUAAGAGGAUUCCCUACUGAGUCAGCAGAAAGGAUGAAAAAGCGCCUUGAGGCUGUAUCUGUGACAGCCAUAUGCUUCACCAGCUUCCUCAUAAAAGGCAUUGUGGUGGGUGUGACAGCUUUUGACAGUGAUUUGAGGCUGGAUGUUCUUGAUCGUCCGGUUCAGAACUUAAUCUACUAUAUGUUAAAAAUCUUACAAGAGUUGUCACUGAUGGAUCAUCCCAUGGAAUCGUCUACUGAAGAGAACAUUGUGGAGGAGAGUCAUAAGCUGGUUGACUCAUUGGACAAGCUUAGUGUUAGUGCUGCUAGCUCUUCCUCCAAUUUCAAGAAGAAGCCUAUCAUUAUCAUUGUUGUUGGAAUGGCUGGCAGUGGAAAGACCAGUUUCCUUCAUCGUUUGGUCUGCGAAACCUUUGAGUCAAAAAAGCGUGGGUAUGUGUUGAACCUUGACCCUGCUGUUAUGUCUCUCCCAUUUGGUGCCAACAUCGAUAUAAGGGACACGGUUAAGUACAAGGAAGUUAUGAGGCAGUAUAAUUUGGGGCCUAAUGGUGGGAUUAUGACAUCACUCAACUUGUUUGCUACUAAAUUCGAUGAGGUUGUCAAUGUGAUUGAGAAACGUGCGGACCAGCUUGAUUAUGUCUUUGUGGAUACUCCUGGUCAGAUUGAAAUCUUCACAUGGUCUGCUUCUGGGGCUAUAAUCACUGAAUCUUUUGCUUCAACCUUCCCAACUGUUGUCACCUAUGUGGUUGAUACUCCACGUUCCACAAGCCCAAUCACUUUUAUGAGCAACAUGCUUUACGCAUGUAGUAUCCUCUACAAGACCCGGCUUCCUCUUGUCUUGGCUUUCAACAAAACCGAUGUGGCAGAUCACAAGUUUGCUUUAGAGUGGAUGGAUGAUUUCGAGGUGUUUCAAGCAGCGAUACAGUCUGAUAACUCGUACACAUCGACCUUAGCUAACAGCCUCUCCCUCUCACUCUACGAGUUCUACCGGAAUAUAAGAUCUGUUGGUGUUUCUGCAAUCUCUGGUGCUGGAAUGGAUGACUUCUUUAAAGCCAUUGAAGCAAGUGCUACUGAAUACAUGGAAACUUACAAGGCUGAUCUUGACAAGAGAAAGGCGGAGAAGGAGCAGUUGGAAGAAGAGCGAAGGGAAAAGGAAAUGGAGAAACUAAGAAAGGAUAUGGAGAGUUCUCAGGGAGGUACUGUGGUUCUGAACACUGGUUUGAAAGAUAAAAAUGCAGCGGAGAAGAUGAUGGUAGAGGACGAUGAUGAUGAUGAGGACUUUAAGAUUGAAGAAGACAGUGAUGAUGCUAUAGAUGAGGAUGAGGAAGAUGAAGAGAUGAAUCGUUUCUAUCUAUAA